AUUUAUUUUUUCUCCACCUUUAUUUAACCAGGUAGGCUAGUUGAGAACAAGUUCUCAUUUGCAACUGGGACCUGGCCAAGAUAAAGCAUAGCAGUGUGAACAGACAACACAGAGUUACACAUGGAGUAAACAAUUAACAAGUCAAUAACACAGUAGAAAGAAAAGGGGAGUCUAUAUACAUUGUGUGCAAAAGGCAUGAGGAGGUAGGCGAAUAAUUAAAAUUUUGCAGAUUAAUAACACUGGAGUGAUAAAUGAUCAGAUGGUCAUGUACAGGUAGAGAUAUUGGUGUGCAAAAGAGCAGAAAAGUAAAUAAAUAAAAACAGUAUGGGGAUGAGGUAGGUAAAAAUGGGUGGGCUAUUAACCGAUAGACUAUGUACAGCUGCAGCAAUCGGUUAACUGCUCAGAUAGCAGAUGUUUGAAGUUGGUGAGGGAGAUAAAAGUCUCCAACUUCAGCGAUUUUGCAAUUCGUUCCAGUCACAGGCAGCAGAGAACUGGAACGAAAGGCGGCCAAAUGAGGUGUUGGCUUUAGGGAUGAUCAGUGAGAUACACCUGCUGGAGCGCGUGCUACGGAUGGGUGUUGCCAUCGUGACCAGUGAACUGAGAUAAGGCGGAGCUUUACCUAGCAUGGACUUGUAGAUGACCUGGAGCCCGUGGGUCUGGCUGAUUUCAAUUUUUCUGCAUAAGUUUUGUCCAAAAAAGUUUCAGAUUUUUGCAAUGUUAUGUAGAUGGAAAAAAAGCUGUCCUUGAAAUAGUCUUGAUAUGUUCGUCAAAAGAGAGAUCAGGGUCCAGAGUAACGCCGAGGUCCUUCACAGUUGUAUUUGAGACGACUGUUCAACCAUCAAGAUUGAUUGUCAGAUUCAACAGAAUAACUCUUUGUUUCUUUUUUGGGACCAAGAACGUUUAAAAGUAGAAUACGCUUUUUGUGCGUAUGGAAAAUGUCUGGGAUCUUUUUUUCAGCUCAUGAAAAAUGGGACCAAACUUUACAUGUUGCCUUUAUAUUUUUGUUCAGUGUAAUUUAUCAAUAGGGUCCAUGUGACAUUUUAGCAAUUGUAAUUAGCUGGGACGCCGGAACGGGGUCUCACAUUUCAUCACAGCUACAGUUGCAAUGUCGAUACAACAACCUCCAUAUGUUGUUUGCCCUGAAAAUGUUGAAAGAUGGGCUUGAAUGUGGAUCGUGGAGAAACUGGGGCAUCAUCUGGUUGACGUUUCGUCGUCAUGCGCACCGCGGCAACCCCUCCAUCGUCCUCCUGUAGAAUUACGGUCGGGAACACCCCUCCCCCCGCGUGCCCCCUGCAAACCGCUGAGCGCAAGCCAAGGACACCAACAACAUAUCCAGGGCAACGAGGAAACAAUUACGAAUAAAGGUUAUCCAUUGUAACUACUCUCAGGGGAUGGUGGUUUCCGGCUUUGCAAACGGAUACCCAUUGAUACAAAGUAUCACAUUUACACUAUGGCCGUCUACCUUUCUCUGCCAUGAGUGUGAAAUAUGUAUCAGUUUCCUGCAUAAUGCAUGUCACUGGUGCAACGCCAAUUUGUUUUCCAUUCAAUGACUAUUCGCUCCGUGGAAUAUGCGUUUUGUUAACGUCGAGUUAGAGCUGAUGCUAAGGCUAAUUAGGCUACAUGUGGCUAUAGGCUAUGUUUAGGCUACCUUGCUGAGUCCACUCGUCUCUGUAGCGCCCCCCUACAUUCUACAGCUCUAAAACUUUCCUGUCUCAAAUAUUUCCUCCUUCUUUUUUUUUUUACUUCCUGUUUUCUACGGGAGUCACAUAGCCCAAGCUCCUUUCAUUUCAACUGUAUGUUCACCCUUUUAUUUUUCUUUAUUCGCGCUAAAUUGUUUCUCACAAGUCUGUCUAACCGGCUCCCAGAUUCUUCUCUCUUUGCGUAAGUCGAAGACUUGGAAAUGCACAACUCGUUCAACUUCAGUCCCGAUGGAUUUGACAUAUUCUUUUUGAUGUCCUUUUUCUAAAACACUUUUUCUCUACUGUUUUUUGUUGGUAAUGUCACUCUGGAAGUAGUUGCCCAACCAAAGCCCCUUUUCUACAAAGUAACAUGUCGGCAGCUAGCUCAUUAGCUAUGUGGCAGCUACUCUGGAGCUGACAUAUCCAGCUAAUUUGCACAUUUUAUACGCUUCAACUACGGUUGUUGUUCCUUUUUGCGCGUUCAUUUAUUCCCCCCGGGAAGUUAUAAUGGCCCAAUUCCAGCGUCCGACACUGUGUUGCUGCCGCAAAGUGCUCACAGUGCCUAGCAAGUCGUGUGAGGGCGGCCAAGGUCUGGGUCAGUGUCGCCUCGUCGACAUCGCCUCUGCGUCCAACUUCCACUGCUUCAAGCUUCGCCACUUCCAUCUCGACCUCCGCCUCAACUUUGCCGUAAAGGAGAUCACUGGGUGGCAAGUCCUGGAACUUGUGGCUAUCCAACCAGGAGUGCAGACUUUGGUUCUGGACACUCACCCAUCCUUGCUAAUUCAGUCCAUAGACUGCAAGGUGCCUGGCAUCACCGGUGCCCAGGACAUUUCCCCGUCGCUCAUCUACCGGGUAGACCCAUUCACAGACUAUGGAUCUUCGCUGAAUAUCAGCCUCCCAGCCUACGUGAUACGGCCGCAUCGGGCUUUCCAGAUCACCGUUCGCUACACAACAACAGACGGUCCUGCGAUCUGGUGGCUGGACGCAGAGCUGACGUGUGGUCAGACUCGCCCGCUAGUCUUCACUCAGGGCCACUCUGUCUGCAACCGAUCCUUCUUUCCCUGCUUCGACACACCCGCCGUCAAGAGCACCUACACCGCUACUGUCAGGGUGCCGGAAGGUGUGACGGUGUUGAUGAGUGCCUCCCGUAGUGCCUACUCCAAGCAGGACAGGGUGUUCCAGUUCUCUAUGGAGUACCCCGUCCCAGCCUACCUGGUGGCACUGGUGGCAGGAGACCUGCAGCACGUCGACAUCGGCCCCAGGAGCCGGGUGUGGGCAGAGCCGUGUGUACUGACCUGUGCUGUGAGCAAGCUAGGGGGUAGCGUGGAGCGUUGGCUGAAUGUGGCCGAGGACCUCUUCGGACCCUAUGUGUGGGGAAGGUACGACAUAGUGUUCCUGCCUCCGUCGUUCCCCAUCGUGGCCAUGGAGAACCCCUGCCUCACCUUCAUCAUCUCCUCCAUCCUGGAGAGCCGGGAGUUCCUGCUGAUCGACGUCAUCCACGAGAUUGCCCAUGGCUGGUUCGGCAACGCGGUCACCAACGCCACCUGGGAAGAGAUGUGGCUGAGCGAGGGACUGGCCACCUACGCACAGAGACGCAUCACUACCGAGGCCUACGGUGAGGCCUUCACCUGUCUGGAGACGGUGUUCCGUCUAGACGCCCUGCAUAGACAAAUGCGUCUCCUAGGAGACAACAACCCUGUCAGCAAGCUGCAGGUCAAAUUUGAGCCAGGUAUUAAUCCCAGUAGUCUGAUGAACUUGUUCACUUAUGAGAAAGGCUUUUGCUUCGUCUCGUACCUCUCUCAACUCUGUGGCAAUGUCAAGCGCUUCGACAGCUUCCUGAGGGCCUACAUAGAGCAGUUUAAGUUCAGCAGUGUUGUGGCCCAGGACCUGCUCGAUUUCUUCUUGUGCUUCUUCCCGGAGCUGAAGGAGAGCUGUGUGGCACAGAGAGAGGGGUUGGAGUUUGAGCGGUGGCUGAACGCUUGUGGCCCCCCUCUGUGCGAACCGGACCUCUCGGCCGGGGGGGUUCUGACCGGUCCCGUCCAGCGUCUGUGUGACCUGUGGGCCAGCGAACCCCCGGACCCUGAGGCCAUUGCAAACUUUAACCUCUCCUCUUGGAGCACCUUCCAGACCGUUCUCUUCUUGGACAGACUGUUGGACCGCUCGCCCCUCUCACACGAGGUUAUGGGUCAGUUGUCACGCUGCUACUCGGCCCAGCUGGAUGAGAUGAACGCUGAGGUGCGGAUCCGCUGGCUGCAGAUCGUGGUGCGGAACAGCUUCUACCCGGACCUGCCCCGCAUCCGCGGCUUCCUGCACAAACACACGUCGAGGAUGUACACAGUCCCGUUGUACGAGGACCUUUGUUCCGGGGUGAUGAAGUGCUUUGCAGCUGAGGUGUUCUACCAGACACAGGCCCGCCUCCACCCCAACCUCCGACGGACACUCCAGCAGAUUCUGUUCCAGACCAGCGCCUUAUCCACUCCCACAGGCUCUGUCCCCUCCCUACUACACCCCACCCCUUCGUCACCCAGUCCCACCCCCAGGGACCAACUGGGGCCCUCCGACCCCCCUACGACUGGUACUAUCGCACUACGUGACGUCAACGUGUCCGCCUGAGUGGCCGGUAGAAGAGAAGAGAGACAUACAUACACUGUGAGAGAGGGGGGUGGCAUGUUGAAAAAGGUGAAGAACUGUAAGACUUGAAAUGACUGCAGUUUCAGCCAUACAUCAUCUGUGCUUGACUGAGACUGACAGUGAGUGACGAAGGACCACCGGGUUCAUACACAUGCACACACAGUUACACACUAAUGCACACUGUAUGUACAGUGCAUUCGGAAAGUAUUCAGACAUCUUGACUUUUUCCACCUUUUGUUACGUUACAGCCUUAUUCCAAAAUUCAUUCAAUUUUUUUUUCUCUCAUCUAUCUACACACAAUACCCCAUAAUGACAAAGCAAAAACAGUUUAGACAUUUUUGCAAAUGUAAAAAAAUAUAUAAAAACAUAAGUAUUCAGACCCUUUUACUCAGUACUUCGUUGAAACACCGUUGGCAGUGAUUACAGCAUCGAGUCUUCUUGGGUAUGGCGCUACAAGCUUGAUGCAUGUAUUUGGCUAGUUUCUCCCGUUCUUCUCUGGAGAUCCUCUCAAGCUCUGUGAUGUUGGAUGGGGAGCGUUGCUGAACAGUUAUUUUCAGAUCUCUCCAGAGAUGUUAGAUCGGGAUCAAAUCCGGGGUCUGGAUGGGCCACUCAAGGACAUUCAGACACUUGUCCUGAAGCCAUUCCUGUGUUGUUUUGGCUGUGUGCUUAGUGUCGUUGUCCUGUUGGAAGGUGAACCGUCGCCCCAGUCUGAGGUCCUGAGCUCUCUGGAGAAGGUUUUCAUUAAGAAUCUCUCUGUACUUGGCUCCGUUCAUCUUUCCCUUGAUCCUGACUAGUCUCCCAGUCCCUGCCACUGAAAAACAUCACACACAGCAUGAUGCUGCCACCACCGUGCUUCAGCGUAGGGAUGAUGCCAGGUUUCCUCCAGAUGUGUCGCUUGGCAUUCAGGCAAAUAGUUACAUUUUGGUUUCAUCAGACAAAAGAAUCCAAGCUGGCUGUCAUGUGCCUUUUUAAUGAGUGGCUUUUGUCUGGUCACUCUACCAUAAAGGCCUGAUUGGUGGAGUGCUGCAGAUAUGGUUGUCCUUCUGGAAGAUUCUCCCAUCUCCACAGAGGAACUCUGGAGCUCUAUCAGAGUAGCCAUUGGGGUCUUGGUCACCUCCCUGACCAAGGCCCUUCUCUCCUGAUUUCUCAGUUUGGCCGGGCAGCCAGCUCUAGAAAGACUCUUAGUGGUUCCCAAAUUCUUCCAUUUAAGAAUGAUGGAGUCCACUGUGUUCUUGGAGACCUUUCAAUGCUGCAGACAUUUGUUGGUACCCAUCUCCAGAUCUGUGCAUGGACAUAAUCCUGUCUCUGAGCUCUACGGACAAUUCCUUCAACUUCGUGGCUUGGUUUUUGCUCUGACAUUCACUGUCACCUGUGGGACCUUAUAUAGACAGGUGUGCCUUUCCAAUCAAUUGAAUUUACAACAGGUGGACUCCAAGUUGUAGAAACAUCUCAAGGAUGAUCAAUGUAAACAGGAUGCACCUGAGCUCAAUUUUGAGUCUCAUAGCAAAGGGUCUGAAUAAGGUAUUUCUGUUUUUUGGGGGGUGUUUUGCAAAAAAAUCCCCCAAAUCUGUUUUCGCUUUAUCAUUAUUGUGUGUACAUUUUAGAUUUAAGGCUGUAACGUAACAAAAUGUGGAAAAAUCAAGGGGCCUGAAUACUUUCUGAAUGCGCUGUAUAUGCGUAUUUAUAUGUUGAGUCUGAUUUUUGUAAGCUAACCUUUUGAAACCUCUCUGGGAAGGACAAUGUUGUGUGUAUGCGUGUGUGCGUGCGCAUGCAAUUCAUGAAUGGAGGUAACCAUCUAUUGACUGUUUGCACACACAUGUUGUGUGUCCUGCUUAGGGCUGGGAUUAUGGCUUCAUGAGCCUGCAGCUUGUGCCCUAGACUAAUUUACAGGGAGAGUGAGCCACCAAAUGUCCCUCUGCCCAGUCUGUAGUCUGAGAGAGGAGAGCCCUGCUGUCCCCAAAUGGCACUCUAUUCCCUACAUAUUGCACUCCUUUUGAUCAGACUGCAUAGGGCAGUGGUUCUCAAACCUCUUCGGGGACCCCCAGACAUCUCACAAAUUUGUUGUGGCCCUGAACUAGCUCACCUGAUUGACAUAGUCAAGGGCUUGAUGGUUAGUUGACAAGCUAAGAGUCAGGUGAGCUAGGUGUGGAAUAGAUCAAAUGCAUAGAAUGGCUGGGGGUCCCUGCGGAGAGGUUUGAGAACCGCUACCAUAGAUGGGGCUAUGGUCAAAAGUAGUACACUAUGGAAUCCAGGGCCCAUAGCAUUUGGGACGCAAGCCUCUGUUUGCUACGUUCAACACUACACACUUUAACCUUACCUUUAAUAAUUACAAUUGAUUAUUUCCACAUUUGGAAUAUCCAACAGGAAGGCUAAUCCAGCAAUAGAUGUGGAAUGCUAUGCUCACUCUCUUCCCUUUACACCUGGGCUGUGUCUCAGUAGUCUAAACAGCCUUCCUCGCCUCGUCUCUUUGCCCUCAUCUGCACUUAUCUGAAAGAAUUGAACAUUUACUGAAAUGAAAGUCCAGUCGGCUAAAUGAUGGAGUGUGCUUCUUUGACAACUUUGCUUUUACUCAUCAACUCCCUUAAGUAGGGAAGGUUGGUAGGCCUACUACUUUACACUAUUGAGACGCAGCCCCCACAGUGCAAAACCCUCUCCCAUAGGGCUGUCGUGAGAAGGGAGAGGGUAAGGCCACACGUGCCUUCAAACUGGAGCUCUGCUAUUCAUCUGGGUCACGUUCAGUCCUGUAACGUGCAUCCACCUACCCAGGUGGCGUGCAACUUUACAGGACCUUCAGAUAGGAAUUUAUUGAACAGACAUGUUUCUUUGUCCUGAAGAAUAGGGAAUCGUUGUCAGCUAUAUAGAACGUGGCACCCUCCUGAAUGCAACCCUUGUCAACAGUGUCUGCCUUCUGGACUUCUCUCGUUCAGGCUUGACUGCCAUUUCCAAAGCUACAGAUCAUUUUGAUUCUGUGAUUGACUAAAGAGAGGGGUGGGGUGUGUAUUUCAGUGUCGUUAUUAAUGAAUAGCUGGGCUGAAAUGUUAACCAUGAUUUUGUACACGUUUUGUUUUAACGUUUCCUCCCAACAUUAUUAUUUAUGAAUUGUGAACGGGCUGUACCUCUCAGCAUAGAAAUGUGAGGGGCAGAAUGUUUGUUUUGAUGAUAACAUGAGAUUACAUUGUUAAACAGUGACAGUCUUCAGCUAUCCUCCGAUGCCUUACUUAAUGUACAGUAUUCAUACUGUACAACACAGAGGGGAUAGACUAGCAGGUUUGUCUCCAAUGUUUUACAAGUAAUAAAAAAGCCUUGAGACUCAACAUUGA